AGAGAGAGAGAGAGAGGAAGAGAGGGGGCGCAUUAGUGAGCAGCGACUGUGGCAUUGAUGUUUGAGCGCACUUCUGAACUGGCUUUUGUUGAGACUAUCAGUGUAGAAAGCAUGCGCUGUCCCAAAUCCGCUGUUACUAUGAGAAAUGAGGAGCUGCUUUUAAGUAACGGCACAGCCAACAAGAUGAACGGAGCUUUGGAUCACUCAGACCAACCAGACCCAGAUGCCAUUAAGAUGUUUGUCGGACAGAUCCCCCGGUCAUGGUCAGAAAAGGAGCUGAAAGAACUUUUUGAGCCUUAUGGAGCCGUCUACCAGAUCAACGUCCUCCGAGACCGGAGUCAAAACCCUCCCCAGAGUAAAGGUUGUUGUUUCGUAACAUUUUAUACAAGAAAAGCUGCACUUGAAGCCCAGAAUGCACUGCACAAUAUUAAAACUUUACCUGGGAUGCAUCAUCCCAUUCAGAUGAAACCUGCAGAUAGUGAAAAGUCAAACGCUGUGGAAGACAGAAAAUUGUUCAUAGGAAUGGUUUCGAAGAAAUGUAAUGAGAAUGAUAUCAGAGUGAUGUUUUCUCCAUUUGGCCAGAUAGAAGAAUGCCGGAUUCUCCGGGGACCUGAUGGGCUAAGUCGAGGCUGUGCGUUUGUCACAUUUUCUACAAGGGCAAUGGCACAGAAUGCAAUCAAAGCCAUGCAUCAGUCUCAGACCAUGGAGGGCUGCUCUUCACCUAUCGUGGUGAAGUUUGCUGAUACUCAGAAGGACAAAGAGCAAAGGCGCCUCCAACAGCAGCUUGCACAGCAGAUGCAGCAGCUCAACACUGCCACCUGGGGGAACCUGACGGGGCUGGGUGGACUUACCCCACAGUACCUGGCGCUUCUGCAGCAAGCCACCUCCUCCAGCAACCUGGGUGCAUUCAGUGGCAUUCAACAAAUGGCUGGCAUGAAUGCUUUACAAUUACAGAAUCUGGCAACACUGGCUGCUGCUGCAGCUGCAGCCCAGACCUCAGCCACCAGCACCAAUGCAAACCCUCUCUCUACCACAAGCAGCGCCCUGGGAGCCCUCACAAGUCCCGUGGCUGCUUCAACCCCCAACUCCACUGCUGGUGCAGCCAUGAAUUCUUUGACCUCUCUUGGGACUCUGCAAGGAUUGGCUGGAGCCACUGUUGGACUGAAUAAUAUUAAUGCACUAGCAGUUGCUCAAAUGCUCUCAGGUAUGGCGGCUCUGAAUGGAGGACUUGGCGCCACAGGCUUGACGAAUGGCACAGCUGGCACCAUGGACGCCCUCACCCAGGCCUACUCAGGAAUUCAGCAGUACGCAGCAGCUGCGCUGCCCACUCUGUACAGCCAGAGCCUGCUGCAACAGCAGAGCGCUGCAGGCAGCCAAAAGGAAGGUCCAGAGGGGGCAAACCUCUUUAUUUACCACCUUCCACAGGAGUUUGGAGACCAGGACAUUCUACAGAUGUUCAUGCCUUUUGGAAAUGUUAUUUCUGCUAAAGUCUUCAUUGACAAACAGACCAAUCUGAGCAAGUGCUUUGGUUUCGUUAGCUAUGACAAUCCAGUCUCUGCGCAAGCUGCAAUCCAAGCUAUGAAUGGCUUUCAGAUCGGCAUGAAACGCUUGAAGGUGCAGCUGAAACGCUCCAAAAACGACAGCAAACCUUACUGAUCCUAACCCCAGAGGCUCCCAGCUCUUAUUUUAGCUUUCUUAGGACAUCUUCAUGCCCGUUAGUUCAUCGUUUGCCUAGCAUGUCCCUGUGGCGUCUCAAAAAAAAAAAGUUUCAUCGUCCCGUCAUUGUUUCUGAUGUCUUUCUGACCUCACAUCAUAUUUGGUUCUCCUACUGACCUUUGAUCUAGUUUGACCUUUGAAAUUUGCAUGUGACCUCAUCUAGCUAUGAAUUCUGGGAAGUCAAUGUGAAAAACAUUGCUGCAUUCAUGCAAGACUGAAAUUAGACAAAUUAAUUAUAGGGGGAAAAAAAACCUGUGGCAAAAAUGUUUCUUUCUUAUUUUUUUUUCUUUUCACAAAACAGACUUGAAAGUAUUAUACAGGGAUUGGCAUUCUUCCCGGUCACUGGUAACAAUAGCAAUAUGUGUCCAGGGACACAGAAUGUUGGUUUCUAACAGACUACUUCCAAAAACAGUUUGAGAAAAAAACUGUCUGAUUUUAAGUCUCUAGAGGUCUGUAGUUUUUACAUUUUUCAGGCAGUGUAAAGUUUUUUGAUAAGGCCAUUUUAGGUGGCUCACUUUCUCAUUAAGAUAUAUAUAUAGAACCACUUUUUGUAGAUUAGUAUAAGAAAAAUAUUUACCCUGUUUUGGGGCAAAUGCUACCUAUUUGUGUCACCUUUUGCUGAACUGACUCACAGUUAGACAAUCCAUGGUUUAAUGCACAUGAAAUUACCUAUAUUUUAUACUGUUUCAAUGUACAGGAGAAAGGUUACUGUAAACUGUGUUAUGUUGGUGCUUCUGUGAAUUAAGUUGUGGUUUCAUCAUGAGUCUUACGGUCUUAAUGUUCUUUGUUGAUAAGACAAGUUUAGAAUUGGUUUACUUAAAACAAAAAAGAAUUUCAAAAAAAAAGUUGUUUGCUUAAAAAAAAAUUUCAUGUGAGGAAAAAAAAAACCUAUUCCAGAAUAAGUUUUGUGUUGGCUUGUGAAGCAUUGAUGUCAUUUUUUCUUUCAUUGUGGACUAUUUAGACGUGUUUGUGUUCAGCAAAAUGUGAUCUUUUUUUUUCUUUUAAAGAAAAAAAGUGAAAAUAUAUAGUGCCAAAUUCCAAAGGUACUUCCUUCCUAGAGCUUCAGUGUGUUUCUUGUGAGAAGUAAUUUGAUAACAUGGGUAUUUUAUUAUGUGUUUUGUAUAAAUCCCUAAUAUUUAAAAAAAAAAAAAGGUUAAAAAGUUUGUUAACUUGCUAUUCUGUGGUCUUGUUGCCUGAAAUUGUUAUUGUUUGUUAUUUCUCUAUGAUGUUUUUUGUAAGACAUUGUAUAAGUGCCCAUGUCUCACUUUUUUAACCACUCUGCCCAUCAAUGCUGUGAAAGCAACCUCACAAUGUAUUUUCUUCAUAAUAUAUGGAAACCUCUAAGGUGAGAAAGUUUUGAACUUUUAACCCUUUCUACCCAGAGCUAUCUGGAAUGUUGGUAACUUUUUAUACUGUCAUCAUUUGAAUUUGUUUUGGGGUAUUUAUAAUUUGGAUAUUUUUUUCCUCAUGAGUUGUUUUAUUUGUACUACUUUUUUAUCCUUUGAGAUCCAAAUUGAAGGGGGGAAAACAAUUUGUGACCUAUAACAUCUUUUCUUCUACUUGGAUUAUUCUUAUUUUUUUUAAGAAUCCCUAGUGUCUUGUGUUCCAUUUAAAAUUGUUGAGUAAAUCCUCUGAGGGGAAAAGUAGGUAGAUCCAGCCUCUAAAUAAACCUUUAAAAUGCUACAUGCUUUUUGAGAUCAGAUUUAGUGAUAUGUUCUAGUCUAAAUAUUUUCAGAUACCUUGCAGUUAAAGGAUUUUUGGGGUGGGAUAGUCUGAGGGAUUGCUCUUGUUUCUUAAAUACUCCUGACAUGUUUAAUCAGCCUUUGUGCUGGGGAUUUUCUGACCCCAGUGGGUAUCUCCUGUGUAAGCAAGGUAUCUGGAACAAGAAGCCCACCGUCCUUUCUCUUCCUUUUUCAUUUUUUUCACCUGAACAUAUUUAAAGGGGACUGGCCAUAUAAGUAGAGCUCUGUUCUUUACCAUAGUCACUGACCAAAUACCUAGCACCACUUCCUGCUGCCACUUUUUAAAAGUGCCAUAUUACUUUGACUUUCUGUGAACAAAAACCCUAAUGUUAUAUCCACAGCCCCAGUCCAAAACUACAACCUUCCUAAAAUCAGGCCCUGGAAGCUUCUUGGUCUCAGCUCCCUCUUCCUACUCACCCCCCCCAUUUGGUUGUGUGUGUGUGUGUGUGUGUGUGUGUGUGUGUGUGAUAGCCCUGGGAUGGAAAGGACUAGCCUCUAAUAAUGCAAAAAAAAGAAAAAAAAGUUUCCUUCUUAUAGCACAUGCACUUCUAAUUAAAUGAUUUGUAUUAUCUUCACACGUGUUUACUACUGCCGGGGCCUUCCUUCAUCCUUUGAGGGCUAUUUUGUACUUCCUGCAGCACUCAGCUUAAUAAAAGUUAUUGCACAUGUCUCUCUCAUGUAUCUAUUAUAUGGUGGUGUAUAGAUACAUAGAUAGAAACACAAGAGAACACCAUCUGAAUUUCUUAGACCAUUUCAUUCAGAAUCUAUUCAUUUAUCUAAAAGAAAUUUUUUUUUGUUUUUUUCACUGAAGCAAACUGCCCUGCUUUUCUCUUACCCACCUGCAUCUUCCCCAGAGAAAAACAGUGCAGCUGAAAAGAGGCUCAAAGUGGGCACUCUGAGUUGAGCGUUAAUGAUUUUGCAGGCAGCCAAGACAGUCCAUUUAGGGGGAAAGUCCUUUUUUGUUUUGUAGGUUUUGGGGGGUUUUUUCGCAUGUUUCAUUGUUAAAGAUAACCCUCCUCCAAGACAAACUAUCCUUUUAUCUUUUAAUAUCAAAAGAAAGCACUGCAAGGGUGCAAAGGGCCUGUGCCAGGAGGCAGAGCACACAGGAAGACUGCUUUUUCAAAACCAAGUGUAGAGCAUAGUCAUUUUAAACUAAAUUAGAGAAAUGUGAUAAAAUGCCAGUCCUCAAAGGCAUAACAAGUUCAUCUUUCUUUCACCAUAGGGGUUAUAGUUCUUUGGCUUGUGCUACUCUGGCAUCAUUUUACUGUUUCUGUUUUUAUUAUCUUAAGUGCUAAUUAAAAAGAAGAAAUAAAAUUUUAAAAAAACCUGUAGUUUCAUUACCUUUUUGAAUAAUGUCAUACAAAAAAUGUAUUUGUGUUUUUGUGCUGUGAGAAUUGUUGUUUGUAGAUUAAUAAUAUCAUUUUGUUUAGUACUACAAAAUAGUUUUUAAAUACUGUCUGAGAAAAGCCAAAGUUAAUGCAACCUAGUGGAAACUGUAAGACCAUUUGAGUAUUGUUUGUUUUAUUGAUGCAUUUGGAUUUUGUUGUUUGAUGGAAUUUGAGCCAAAAAAACAAAAAAAACAAAAAAAAAACGCAGGCUUUCCUAUUUCUACAACUGAUUGUACUUAUGCAUUUUGUACCAGUGGAACUUUUUAUACUGGAGAUUAAAAAAAUGGUAAUUUUUGUGGCUUACUCAUGUGGGCCCCCUGACAAUGACUGAUUUCAAGUUUGAUUUCUGGUUGAUCGAAAGAAAGUUGCUUUUCUUUUGAGAAUUAAAAACUUUGGCUUGAUUUCUUUUUUCCCUUUGCUUAUAUCUAGCAUUAGAAUUUUGUCUUAAAAUACAGCGGUAAGUUUCACUCUUUAUUCUGUAUUGUGCAGUUACACAAUAAGGUAGUUAGAGUUAGAAGUACUCAGUCACUUUAAGUGGAUAAAUGUAUUAGUUAAGCUUUAGAGGUUUGCUUUUUUGCUGUUUAGAUCAAAGUUUUUUCUGAUUCUUCUGUCCUCAUUGUGAACAUAACCGUGUAGUUGAAACAGUCAAACUUAUUUUUGUAAUGUAUGUUAUUGUGUGAUGCGGUUUUUUGCUUCUGUCUCCAAUAUUAAACCAUUUUCCUAAUACUUGUUUCUCUCUCUGCGUGUUGUAUUGUUGGUAGUCAUUAUAUGUUGGUGAUGCAUCUACACACCUCACUGUUUCACGUGUUUUUUUUCUAUAUGUUGUGUAACAAAGAUACAGUCGAUUCCAGCUAAGUGAAUAUCUGAUUUGAGGAAAGGGAAAACUACACACCAGCCACCUUUGAUUUUUGUACAACAGCCCACUCUAACCACUGCUUCCAAGACUGAUACACCUUUUUCUAUGGUUCACCUAAAUAACUGCUUACCGAGCUGGAUUUGCCAAGACGGUUUUGACCAUACAGGUUCAUUUCACCUCUUCUGACCUCUCUCUCUCCCUCUCUCAUAAAUAUAUAUUCAUUAUGUAUGCAGUUCCUAACAUUCACUGAAAUCUGCUGCUGCAUAACCGUAGAAGAGAAGCAGCAGAUCUGAGGUUUGUUCUGUCUACUUCGAAGUCCAAAGGCACACACUGUAACAGCCAAGCUCAUUCUAGAAACUGGUGACCUUUUCAACAGGUGAACUCUCAUGAGAGAAAAAAAACUUAACUGGUGAACAGAAGAUGUAUAAAGGGUUAACCUUAAAUCUACAUGUUGCCAUCAGUCAACUAUGUAUAGAAAAGUAAUUUAUGAGGUAACUGAAUCCAGAGUCAGCAUUAACUAUUAAAAUAGAAAAGAAAAAUAUUUCUCAGUGCUCAAAUGGAAGUUCUACUCAGUCUGGAGGGGGAGGUGAAGCUUCUCACACUAAGAUCCUCAUAGUGUACUUUUUCCAAAGGAAAACUCUUAAGGGCAUAUGCAUCCACACACCCUCCUGGAGGAACCCACAAGAGUAAGCCGUGUGCUCACUAUCACCCAACACCAGUAAUCAGAAAGAAAAACCAUUCUUUAUACACCCUCUGCAUUUACAGGCCCUCCUCCCUUUUGUGCUUAUCUUCUAUGCUCAGGAAUCUGACUGCUCUUAAAGUGCUCUUAAAAGAUUCCAUCCAUGUUUGUUCCCUGUCUUCCCUCUUCGUUCAGAUUCUCAGACGCACAAGCUCUGUUUGCCUCAGGCCAUCCAGCACCUAGUGCCAAUGAGAUUUCUCCCUGCAGGUGCUCAGGCUCUCCACCCCCUGGUUUCAACUGCCCCUCUGGCCUCAAGAUUGUAGUUUUUAGCUGGGCCAACAAGAGAGGGGCCUGGUGAGGUGGAGGAAAGGCGGCUCUUUCUCCCAGAGGCCAAACACUUCAGUGGUAGUAACUUCCUCCAGCUCCAAACCUGCACAGAUGGGAGCUGACUUCUUGGCAACACUUCUGCUUUAAAUUUCAUCAUAGCCUUCAUCAAUUUGCCUCUGGAAACCCACUGGUUACUUAGAUGGCUAAAGAUGUGAUUUUUUCUUUCUUUUCUGGGGAAGGAUGGGGAGGUAAGAUGAGGGAGGGGAGACUGGGGGAAAAGGUUAAGCAAAUUCUUUCCAAGAUGCAAGUGUUUAUUUCUAAAAUAUAUAAGUAAAUAUAACCACCACUUGACACAAGGCAAAAUACUCAUGCUAAAUAAAGGAAGGGAAAGACAAAGCCAGUUUUUGUUGUUUUGCAAAUACCAAGUAAUUCUCCAAAGAAGAAGAUGAAAAUGCUAGUUUCUUUAAGCCCUUAUGACUGUAAAGUUGGUCCCUGCUUAAACUUAUAAUUUUGAUUUUGUAAAACACCACUGCAGUGUGAGCAAGGUCUAUCUAUUUGCCAUGCAUGGACCACCUUGGGAAACCACAGAACCGUCAACAUUUCCUUACUGAUGGAAACCACACUCGUGCAGCCUACAGCAAUUUUGUGUGAUCCAUGGGCUCAGACUCUUAGCUAGCAGGCUAGGAAACACAGUGAAGAUAAAUGUACUGUGAAUCGUUCCUGAUAAGUGAAUAAAACAUUGUGACCAAACAAUCAGCUUAUUCACUUAUCAGGAAUCGACUGUUCUGCUAAUUCACUGUUUUUGUUUUUCAUUUCUGUUGUAGUUCACUAUUUUUGCUGUGUUCUGUUUUCUCCUCUCAUGCUUGGGCAAAAUCACUGGGAAUAUUAUCUUACAUGUGACCAUGAAACGUUUAUAUCGAGUGAAAAUGAUAUCUUAACAAAAUCUAUGCACUUGCUAUCAGGAACACAAUACUGGAUGUGUCUUAUAUAUAUUGAACUAUAUAGUACUCGAUUUCUUAAAUAAAGCUUAAGAAAGGA